GUUGCCAGCAGACUAUAAGUGCUUGGAUAAACUUUCCCUGGAGCUUCUCUCUGAACUUCUACUCCCUGCCACUGCGGUCAAGCGUCCUGCACACAUUUCCGGAGCCAUGACUAAAUUAGAGACCUCCAUGGAGUCCAUUAUUAAGGUCUUCCACGACUAUUCCAGUGAAGACAAGGAGGGGAAGACCUUAAACAAGAAAGAGUUGAAAAAGCUGCUGGAGAAUGAGUUACCCGGCUUUCUGAAAAGAAAUCCAAAUGCAGUGGACAGCAUCAUCAAAGAUUUGGACCAAAACAAAGAUGAUAAGAUAAACUUUGAGGAAUUCAUCGGGUUCGUCGCCGGCCUCUCAAACGCCUGUGAGAAGUGUUACGAUCUCUCUCAAAAGAAGCUCAAGCAUUGAAAGGCAAAUACUACGGGAAAUAUUGAUGCUGAGUUUUCAUAAAUAAAACUACAUUUUACAAGA